AUGAACCCGACGGCAGGCGACCGCGGGACGCUGUCGCCGCUGCCCGAGUAUCACCGCCGAGGCCUCACCGUGCUGACGGCGUUCUCCGCGCUCUCCUUCAUCUCGACCACGUGCCUUUGGCUCUUCAUCACGUACAAGCUGGUGUCGUUUCGAUGGCACAAAUUCAGACAGCGGAGGCAGAAGAAGAGAAAGGGGCAGGAGCAGAUUCAAGAGCAAGUGGAGAUAAGGGAUCCGGACUUCUCUUUGGGCCUGGACCAGCGACAUGAGCACCUCGAAGGUCGGACGAUUCUCGACCAGCUGCAGGAGCUCGACAGGCUGCGGUCGGAGCAGGAGCAGCAGGGGCAGCACAACCAGCAGCAGAGCUCCGCGGGGGGCGAGGAGCAGAUGCAGGAUGGGAUUGGUGACGACAAACAAGAUGACUGCAACCCCUUCCCGAUUCUGGUGUACCACCUCCUCCUCGCCGACAUGCAAGAGGCGAUGGCAUACGGUUUGAGUAUACACUGGCUGUCAGAAGAUGGAAUCUACGCUCCUUCGAGUGUCUGCUGGGCCCAGGGAUGGUUUGGCUCUGUCAGCAACCUCGGUGCCAGCCUCUUCCUCUCGGCCAUAUCCGUGACCACAUUCUGCACGAUUGUCCUUGGACACAAACCCUCGAGGAGAACACUCUACGCAGUCGUGACUUGCAUCUGGCUAUUCACCUACGGCAUCAACACAGCGGGUGUGCUCUGUUCUAUGCGCAGCACACCGGUGGUCAAGAUGGGCGAGUCAUAUUUCAUGAGGGCAAAUGUCUGGUGCUGGAUCAGCUCCGAGUACACCCCCUGGCGCCUCUGGUCCCACUACUUCUGGGUCAUAAUCUCAAUAACCCUCACCCGCCUGCACACGCCCGAGUCGGCCCGCCGCGAGCGCGAGGCCCCCCAAAAGUCGGGCUACCACCCGGCCUUCCUGGUGUACCCCUUCAUCUACCUCAUCUGCAUCGCCCCCCUCGUCAUCGGGCGCGUCUCCAUCAUCCUGGGCUACGACCUGGGCAUUUGCUUUUUUGCGUUCGCGGGGUCCAUCCUCGCCGCCAACGGGCUGUUCAACUCGGCGCUGUGGACGACGACCAUACUCUUCAGCGCGCCAGACGACAUGCUGGCCACGGGGCUGGACCGCUUCAGCUUCAUGCGCACUCCCGCGCGCAAUUAUGGCCACACCGUUAUCAUCAGCGGCCCCGUGAGCCAGGGCUACGCGGGGACGUACCGCGCCAGGCAGCAGCAAGAGAAGGAGAAAGGGGGCAGGAGGGAGUGGUGGUGGUGGCGGUUCGGCGGCCAGCGACCCUGGGGCAGGUCUUAUGUUAGCACGCAUGAGUGCCUGAACCCGGACCUGAUACGGGUUCAUUCUACGCCGACGCCCGUGGUGGAGGGGCCUUAUAUCCACAUGAAUGUUGUCACUCGGGUGGUUGUUGAGGAUGCGAAUAGAAAGGAGGGUAAUUCCUAG